GACAUAACUAAUUUCUACAUUGUCAAUGGUUUUUAAUGUCUCGCGGAAAGAGAGUGGUGUAUUUGUAAAUAUUAGAGAAAAAAAAUUGUAAAUAUAUUAUCGUUUCAAACAAACACGAGAAAGUGCAGUUUAAGUGUGUUUUUUUGGAAUUUUAUGGAUAGACAUUAUUAAAUAAGGAUUUUUGAGCCCAUUAAGGGUCACCACUAUGGUUAUGGAAGCCGCUUCAGACAAACAUAAUGAUGAUAGAGUGUCGAUCCGUCCGAAAGCCGGCGGUGACGUCAUCACUCCAGAACGCUCCGUCAGCAAUCUGGACCUCACCAUGCCGUACUCGGCACCCUCAAAUUUAGUACUCACACCGGCGCCUGAAUGCCGCAAACUGUCCCGCGGGAUCUCGCGAGCCACAGAUAACGAGGGGCUGGUGUGGGCGCUGCGCAGUAACACCGAGCCCGACUUGAACACGCUCAGCUCCGAUCACAUACUCCUGCUGCCAGAUAUUUCAGUAUAUCCGCCAGAUUUCAGGAUAUUCAUAGAGAAGGACCUCCUCGAAACCGCGACCCUAGUAACCCUAGAAUCCGCCAAUAUCCUCAACUGGUGGCGCGGGCGGGUGCCAGGCGCGCCUCGCCUGCUGCCGCUAGCAACGUCCGGGGAUGGGAACUGCUUGCCGCACGCGGCUUCGCUUGCGGCCUACGGGUUCCACGAUAGGUUGCUGGCGCUGCGCACGAAGGUGCAAGGUCUGCUGGAGGGGGAGGAGGGGGAGGCUAUGACCGAGGCGAUAAAGCGCCGCUGGCGCUGGUCGGAGGGCGGCGCGCUGCGCGCGGCCGGGCUGCGGCUGUCGGAGGGCGAGUGGGCGCGCGAGUGGCGCGAGUCGGUGCGCGCCGCGUCGGCCGAGCCGCGCCGCCCGCAGCCCCCACAGCCCCCGCAGCCCAGCGCCGCGCCGCACUACGCCGGCCUUGAGCAGCUGCACGUGCUCGCGCUCGCGCACGUCAUGCGCCGCCCCGUGCUCGUCUUCGCCGACGUCGCGCUGCGGGAUUUCCGCGGCGACCCCAUAGCACCGAUCCCGUUCGGGGGCAUCUAUUUGCCCCUAGAGCUAGACCCGGCUACAUGCAGCAAAGCGCCCAUAUUACUGGCAUAUGAUGCGGGGCACUUUUCCGCGUUAGUGCCGUGCGAGCCGCUGCCCAGCGAUGGGGCAAGAGUGCCCCUGGAAGAUUCGGCGCAGAAUCCUCUGCCGAUUAGAUUCAACGUAGACCCCGGCGAAGACUUUCGCUGGGACAUCGAACCGGACCAGAAAACAAUAAACAACCUCCUCCCGGACGAGUACCAGCGCACAGCCAUGCUAGAAGCCUACCUGGAUCUAGAGCGAGUGGAAUGCCUAACUCACACGCAACCCUCCGAAGAGCUAAGAAGAUCGCUAGACGCGCUCUCCACGAAGAGCUCUAAACAGAUGAACUCUGUGGCCAAACAGUUUGGCAGCAUCGGCAGGUCCAUGAGCAGCAAGCUGAAGAAGAACUUCGGCUCGAUGGCCAAGCUGACGGGGAAGUUGAGCGGGAGCCAGAGCAACCCGGAGGAUUUAGUGAGGAGACGGUCCACGUGUGAAGUGCUCUGUUGUAGGGUGUUGGCUGCGAGGGCUCCCGUGCAGGAAGAAAUGGUGAAGAAUUAUCUGAAUGAGGCUUGGGUUGGCUUCACAACAGAAAAGAACCGCAAGGCGGAGUCGUCGAGCGAGCCGUCGCAACCGCGCUACGGUACGGGGCGCUCACAAUUCUAUACAGAAGCGGAAAGAAGUACGGCUUCAAGGAGUCUAGCCACCGCCAAAACGCCCGACCGCACGCUGUACCUGUCCAAGUCGACAUUCUACGACGACCGCCCGCCCUCGCCGAAGCCCUGUAGGGCUCCGCUGUGCAUGUACUACGGGAGUCCCGUAUAUAACGAUUAUUGUUCGCGAUGCGCUAAAUUACAGUAGGGUUUUUUUUGAUGAUAAGUUUUAUUUUUUCUUUGUUUGUUUCACGAAAUUUCUUACAAGGCAUUUUUUGUAAUUUUUUUUUUUUGUUGUAUUCAAUUUUUUAAUUGACUGGCUUUAGAAGUCUCGCCGGGCCGUAUUCUAUACCUUCGGGUCACUAAGUAAUGCUCUAAGAGACUAUUAUAUG